AUGGUGCAGGUUAUUAAAGAUGAGGAUGAAUUCAGAACAUUAUUGAAAGCUGCCAAAUGCAAACUCGUGGUGGUUGAAUUUUCAGCAAAAUGGUGUGGUCCUUGCAAAAGGAUUUAUCCUGUUGUUCAUGCAAUGUCUCUGCAGUACCAAAAUGUAGUGUUUGCUAACGUGGAUGUGGACGAUUCUCGGGAGUUGGCCCAAACUUGUCACAUCAGAGUAAUACCAACAUUUCAGAUGUUCAAACAAGCCCAGAAGGUAACCCUAUUCUCAAGAAUCAAAAGAGCAAUUUGCUGCUAUAGAAGUGGAUCCAUGGGCAAGCCGGUCCAGCUGAACAUGUCUGUGCCCAGCCUCCUGGCUCCCAAGCACAGUUCUCUCAUCUUUCAAAUUUUGCAGUAA